UUUUACCGUUACUUUUCUUCUUGAACUCAAAUUCUUCCCCCAAAAGAAGCUGUCUUUCUUAUUGCUCUGAGUCUCCAACCUUCCUAAAAUACUCAAGAAAGGAUCCAAGCUGAGGAAACAAUGGUUUCAGAUGCUAAACGGAGAAGCCGACGGAGUGCCCAUCUCCCUCAAGAGCUUGUUACUGAGAUUCUUCUCAGACUGCCUGUAAAAUCUCUGGUGAAGUUCAAAUGUGUGUGCAAGGAAUGGUUCACCCUCAUCAACGACAACCCUCAAUUUGCAAAAUCUCAACUCCAGCAAUCCAAAUCUGCAUCUGGGUUCAUCUGUGAAUCAUCAAAACCAGGCAUCCUUUCCUACUUCAACUUAGAUGUAGAAAAAGAAGAAAUCGAUUUCAAAAUUGAAAAAAUCGUGAGGGACAUUGUGAUCCAUCGAGACUCCUGCAAUGGUCUCCUCUUGUUACAGAAAAGGAACUCUAUCCACCAAUACUAUGUCUGUAACCCAAUCACCCAUUGGCAUUUCAAGCUUCCUAAAUUCCUCCCCGGCAACAAUGUCCAAUAUCUCUGUUCAUCAUUGGUAUACGACGAUUCAAUUCACAAGUACAAGGUUGUAAUCACCUUUAGGAAAUCAGGAAAAACAGUCUUGAAGCCAGCAACGUACAAGUGUGGGGUAUUUACAAUACUGGGAAACAAACAUGGUGGUUGCUGUGGAUCCUGGAGAGAGUUGGAGAUGCCGACCGCCUUUAGGGUUCUCACACGGUGUCAACCGCUUUCAGCGAAUGGAGUUUUGCAUUGGAUGGCAUAUAGAUUAGAUCAGUUGGAUGGAUACAUUUUAUUGAUGGACCUUGCAAGUGAGGAAUUCAGAGUGAUCAGUAGUCCAGUACCCCCAACAAGAUGGCAUUUGUUUCUAAUGGAGAUGAAGGGUUCUCUGUUACUUUCUAAUCCAGUCUCUGAUAUUGAACUGGAAUUGUGGGUUUUGAAUGAUCUAGUGAAGCAAGAAUGGAGCAACAAAUCUAGCAUCAAUAUUGGAUCAUUCAAAGUCAAAGGUAAACCUUGUCCUGAUAAUUCUUGGAUUUACCCACUUCUUGUGAGGGAGAAUCCUACAUCAUCUGUGAUAACCUUCCUUUGUAAAUUUAAUGAGGAAUCGGUUAUCUAUGAUUUGGAUAUCGAGCAAUCUAAGGUGGAGAACAAGGGGAUUGGCGUGAGAGGAAGUAGUGGGGUCAUUGCUCAUGUCAACAGCCUUAUCAGUUGUUAAUUUUUCAAAAUACUUGUUCAUUGGGGAUGCUAUUCUGUUUAACUGUAACAGAUACACUGAGUUUUUUAUUUCUAGAAAAUUUAUAUUCACAGUACUGCACUUUUACGCAGGUUGAUCGUCUGUAGUUGAAUUCAGAUUUAUGGUUUGAUCAGUCCCAUUGAUCGUCUGUAAAGUUGAAAUUUUUAAUGCACAUGAUGAAAAUAUUGAAGAGAA